AUGGAUUCCUUUGAAACUUUUGACUCCCCUCCAAGGGAUGUUAUCACCAAGGUUCUAUUCGGUAACAAGACCAACCUUCUUGCUGUAUCGGCCUGGGACCAAACUGUAAAAUUUUAUGAUGCCGACCAACCAAAUAAAAAUCGCCUCUUAUAUAACCUCGACUGGGAAUCCACAGUUCUGGACUUCGUUUUCUUCGAAAAUGACAAAAAAAUGGCUCUAGCUGAUUUGAAUAAGAAUGUCAGUCUUUUGGACGUUGAAACUAAGAAUUUUUUCACUGUUGGACUCCACAACGGCCCUGUUAGAUGUGUUCGAUAUCAUGAACCUACAAAUACAUUGAUAACUGGUGGGUGGGAUAAGAAGGUAAGGGUGUUUGACCUGAGGAGCUCGAACUUGAAGCCGGUCGUUGACGUUGAUAUUUAUGGGAAGACCUAUUGUAUGGAUUUGGCUAGAAACUUUCUAGUAGUUGGUGAUUCCAUGAAAAGGAUUUAUGUUUAUGAUUUGAGUAGUGGAUUAACCGGGUUUGCUAACCCCGAAACUAAAGACGGAGUUCUAAAAUUCCAAUAUCGCUUUCUCAAAUGUUUCCCUGAUGCCACCGGAUACGUCCUCAGCUCAAUUGAGGGUAGGGUGGCUUGGGAAUAUUUUCCCAGGUUUCUGGAAUCUGAAUCGCAACAAUACGCCUUUAAGUGUCAUCGCACCAAGACCCCCAACGACUCUGACGUCGCUUUCCCUGUAAAUUGCGUUGAUUUCCACCCGAAGUUCGGCACUUUCGUGACUGGCGGCGCUGACGGCCUUUUGUGUGGCUGGGACGGUAUUUCCCGCAAACGUCUCUGGAAGAGCAGUAAGUUUAACGGAACGGUCGCUUCCUUGAGUUUCAACCCUGCUGGGGACAAACUUGCCAUUGGCGUAUCCGACGUCUUCCAGCUAAAUCCUCACCAAUCACACUCUCCAAGUUUGCAUCUGAAGCAUUUGAAGGACGAAUUUAGGCCUCGUACUAGACACUAA